CCCUAUGAGCAUAUUGACUCGAUCGGAAAGAAUCUCAUACGCUGCCUGUUUUGGGGUCAUAGCAACAUUCGUGUCCAAAAUCAUCUUUGAGUCCAAGCAGGCCUUUGAUUACACUGGGCCAACCUGGGGCAAAGCGUUUGUGACGGUCCUCUCCAUGUUCAUCUACGGCCUCAACUGCUUCCCACUGUUCGCCAGCGUGGCCUUACGCUCCGUCCUGUCAUGCGCAGUGGGUUCUGUCUACACCUGGUGCUUCUCUGUGGUCAUCGUGUACACCUUCUUCACCUGUGAUUUGUCCCCAGAAGCUCGGGUGGCCUAUUUUUUCAUGAGUGGCCCACAGCUUCUGUCCCUGGCCUACCUCUGCCUACGUCUCCCGUACGGCUUUGUGGUGACCUUCCGCAUCUGGCUACGGGAAAGGCGGUGUGAGAAGGUCAAGUUCAGAGAGUCUUUGACUCGGAUACGAAAGUCUUAUCAAGGUCAGCGUGUGACCCAGUUAUUUCGAAAGCCUCCGGAGGACAAAGGGAAAAAAGAUCAAGAUAUCGUAGAAAAAAUAUUCACAUCGUUAGUAAAUUUCUUGAAGAGCUGGAUCUACAAUUGGCAACCAGACUUCCGAUACUCUGCACGUAUACUGGCCAUUAUGUGGGUCGGCUUUGCUGUGUUGUACAUGACUAUGUUCAAAAUAACCUGGAGCAGCACGUCAUUAUUUCUCUACCUGGUGGACGUGGCCACGUACUCUCUCGACUCCAUUGGCUGGUCCGACCAGGCUGGAGAUUCUGACGUCAUAAAACUCGCUCGCAUCCUGCUCAAAAUUUACUACUAUUUCAUAGCUGCCAUAUUUGUCUUGGCCAUCAUAUGUUAUAUCGUCGCCUUUGUCAUCGGUUUAUGCAGCAUACUAUACAGUUUGUCAUCAUACAGGCACAAUCUGAGGGCUCUGCACAAGGGAGACUAUAGCCACGUACCUCCAAGAGGCAAGAUGACCAACGUGAGCCUUCUGACUGGUAGUAUGCGCUACGCCGGAUAUCAAGUGGGUUACAUCGCAUGGGCCUUCGUUCUUCAAGCCCUCAGCUUUUUCACCUUUGUGAUCAUCCUGGUUCUCGUCAUUGUCAUCAUCGCUCUCGGUUUCAGCGAAUGGUUCAAAAGCCUUCUUCAAUACAUCGGCCCGUGGGUGUUUGUCCUGAUAAUCUUCUUGGUUGGCCAGUACUUCAUGGCCAGGCUCGUCUUUCUACAGAGUCACAAGGACUCACUCUCCAUAGACAACAGACGCGGUCUUUUCUUGGCGGCGUACUUCCUGUUCUUCUACAACGUCUUCGUCGGGUUCGCGUCCUGCCUGUUGCGUCUGUUCAAGUCCUUGGUCCUGGGAAUCUGCCUCAUCUCUCGGCUUGACCACAGCAUCCUGCCACACAAGUUCGAGCUCAGCGACAAUGGGUUCGAGCGCUAUGUGGGUUUCCUUCACCUAGAAAACUACCACAACCACCCAGUACAGCAUGUAUUUGUUCACCUGUUGCAACACUCAGCACAGGAGACGCGACACAAGCUCACGUCCGACACAACCUCACAGUCCACAGCUCUGGACAGUGGUCAACAGAAACAGAGCUCAAAAGGACUUUUGCACAAGGGAAACAAAGUUGGUAGUUUCGUCGGCUCCUCUAAAGGUGAGACAGAUAUGGGACAGAUAGAGGUCAAAGAAUCUGAAGCUGUCGAAAAAGGAGUCGAUUACCAGCUCACAGAUCAGCCUAGUGAUGAAUUGGGUCCUGCCAAAAGAUUGUUUACGCCGAGACAAGACCAAAGAGAUGAGCAACCAUCGGUGAAUGGCGAGAUCAAAGAUCCCGAGGUUGGAUCCUCUGGGGAUGUGAGUGCCCAGUGGGAGAAAGUGAAAGACUCCCCGGAACUGGUCCGUCACAGAAAACGCCAGCUGGCCGCCUUCCAGUGGUCCCUUGCCUACACUCUCUUCUCAAACCCUCAGUUUAUUUUGGAGAGAAAAGGUUUCAUACAACAACGAAUGAAGAAGAAAGGAGGUGAGAGUGUCGAGAAGAAGGAUGAGGACAAAGAAAUUGUAAAGGGAGGACUAAACCUGGAAAUGUUGAAGCUGAGCAAAAAAGUGAAAAAGACGGAGCAGACGAAAGAUUGAGUCAAGACAGUGUUGUUUGUUUUUGCAUGAGUUUGGAAUAAUGUUUCUCUCCGGGAAGAGCGGGUUACAGACCCCUAGAGUCUUUAAUUACACAACUCGUUAACACAUCUCAUUAACACAUCUCAUUAACACAUCUCAUUAACUCAUCUCGUUAACACAUCUCAUUGACAUAUCUCAUUAACACAUCUUGUUAACACAUCCCGUUAACACAUCUCA